AUGCACGAAAAAGCAUAACCUUCUCUUCCAUCAUUACACAUAGCUACUAAUCCUAAUUUGAAUUCUACUAAAAGAAUACAUGCUAGAAUGAUUAUAGAACCAAAUGUUAAAGAUAUUAUUUCUUUACCUAAAGCCUAGAAUUUGGGAUCAUAUCAUUAAUAAUUUAGAAAGGUUCCUUUAAAAAUGAAUCCAAAAGCUGUUUAAGCCUUUUCACCAUAUUAAAGUUAUUCAAUUAUUGUAAUUUUACAUAUAAUACUAAGAGUUUUAGUGAUUUUCUUUAUGAGAAACAUAAAAAAGAAAAAUAGCUUUAAAAGUUAAAAGAGAAGAAAUAAUUGGAAAAAUUAAAGGAUAUUUAACAUAAAGAAAAAAUAAAAUAUUUUUAGUAAGAAGAUGAAAACAAUGAAGAAAUAAUAGAUUCUAUAAUGGAAAAAGUAAGAAUGGAAAUAGGAUAAUAAUAAUAAUCUAAUUUUAUAACAAAUUGA